UCCGUACUAACAGUAAACAAUCAGUUGAAUUGUUUGUUGAUAGACAACAGCUGUACAGGGUAUAUUAUAUUAGUAUUAACAGAACCCCUUUCCUCAGCUGUACUCGUAACAGCAUCUACAUUUCACCCAUCCAGGUCGAAUUUUCUGUUACGCCCCCGAGGACAGUUGCAUCUAUCUUACAGACGGUUCCUCCGUAUGUAUACCCCGUACUGCUGCACCCCAGCCUGUGCUAUCCCGAGGCGGUUUGCCGUUGUCAUUUACCCCUCCAUCGACAUCAACCCCCUUCCUUCCUUCCUUCCUUCCUUCCUUCCUUCCUUCCUUUCUCUCUUCCGUCGUAGAGACCUUCCUUCUUUCUCCCUAGCUUCAUCCUCUUUUGUCUCUUGUCUUCCCACAGCCAUCAUCCACUGAUUCAAGGGCGUCUUAUUCAGUGCAAAUUUGUUGUAGCUUAUCAUAAUCCAACAACAUAGUCCACCAUGGUCAAAGCAGUUGUUCUUGGUGCAUCUGGUGGCAUUGGCCAGCCCCUUUCACUCCUCCUCAAGGCUUCACCCCUCGUGGAUGAACUUUCUCUUUAUGAUGUCGUGAACACUCCUGGUGUGGCAGCUGACCUGUCCCACAUCUCGACUGCUGCUAAAAUUUCGGGUUACUUGCCAAAGGAUGAUGGACUGAAGUCUGCCUUGACUGGUGCCGACAUCGUUGUCAUUCCAGCUGGCAUUCCUCGCAAGCCUGGCAUGACCCGUGAUGAUCUUUUCAAGAUCAAUGCUGGAAUUGUACGGGACUUGGUCAAGGGUAUUGCGGAGUUCUCCCCCAAGGCCUUUGUCCUUAUCAUUUCCAACCCAGUGAACUCCACUGUCCCAAUCGCCGCGGAGGUGCUCAAAGCUGCUGGUGUCUUUGACCCCAAGCGCCUCUUUGGUGUGACCACAUUGGACGUUGUCCGUGCAGAGACUUUCACCCAGGUUUUCUCGGGCGAGAAGGUCCCAUCUGCUGUCACUAUCCCCGUCGUUGGUGGUCACUCCGGCGAAACGAUUGUGCCACUCUUCAGCAAGGCUUCACCAGCUUUCCAGAUUCCUGCCGACAAAUAUGAUGCGCUAGUUAACCGCGUUCAAUUUGGCGGUGACGAGGUUGUCAAGGCCAAGGACGGAGCCGGUUCGGCUACUCUUUCCAUGGCUUUCGCCGGUUUCAGAUUUGCCGAGUGCGUGCUUAAGGCCGUGAAGGGCGAGAAAGGAAUCGUCGAACCCACUUUUGUCUACUUGCCCGGUGUUUCCGGCGGUGAUGCGAUCGCCAAAGAAACUGGCGUCGACUUCUUUUCUAUUCCAGUAGAGCUGGGUCCUAAUGGUGCGGAGAAAGCAAUCAACGUCCUUGGAGGAAUUACCGAGCAGGAGAAGAAACUUCUGGAGACUAGUGCGAAGGGCCUCAAGGGCAACAUCGAAAAGGGGAUCGACUUCGUCAAGAAUCCUCCUCCAAAGUAAAAACUAUUCCCAUUAACCAUUCUUGGGGGUCUGCCGGUGGAUCUUUUUAUACCGCGUUCUAUAUCCGUCGGAUAAUAUCCAUCGGCGACCUUUAUUCGGUCCAUGGACAUGAAAGAGCCCGGCUAAUUAUUGGCAUCCUAUAACGAUAGGCUUUAAAGCGUGAGAACAAAAAAUUAUGACGAAGGCUGGCGGUUGGUGGUUUCGCUUGAGCAUUUGAGUUGACGGCAGAAGAUAUGAAAGGCAGCAAUGAGACAAUGAUCUCUUUAUCAUA